AUGCAGGGAGACGAGUGUGAGCGAGGUGUUCUCGCCCUGUGUGUUCUCUGUGGCUGGACUUUCCGGCCAUUGCAGUUCCGAGAGGUAAGCGAGGAGGAAGAGGCUGAAGACAGUAUUGAGAUGAAAAAGCCGAAGGAUACUGCAAUCGAGGAGAAUGCUGCUCUUCUCAUAAGUGAAAAAAGUCAACCUGCCAUCAAAGUUCGAGACUUCGCUCGAGAAGCGAAAUCUCUGGAAGAUAUCAGUGCUUCUGAUGAGGAGCAUAAGAAUCUGUGA